AUGACCCGCGGCAAAGGAAUUACCCCACAGCUCCGCUCCCGUAUCUGCGAGCUCCACUCCAUCGGCUGGGGCGCGCGGAAGAUCUCCCGGCUGCACUCCGAGCUGUCGCUGAGCGGAAUCAAAUACACCAUUCGCAAGGAAAAGGAUCGUGUGAAUUGCGUCACCCAACCACGCCCCGGUCGACCCAAGAAGCUCUCCGAGGACCAGCGGGCGCUCAUCCGGGCGAUGGUCGAGGCCGAUCCCGCCGUCAAGAGCGCGGACCUUCUGGAGGCGGUGGGAAAUGCGAUUACCAAGCGGUCGCUGCAGCGUUUGCUGAAUGAGAAGGGGAUGGGUCUUCGGGGUCCCAUCCUCUACGAAAAUGAAAUUCGGAACUAUCUAGGCGCAAGGGUGCGGGGUGUGGGCGAGCGGUUGCUCCGAAUGGAGGGGGCAGACGUGGAGUUGUGCAGCGGCCGCAUUACUGCGAGCAACAUCGGCGACCGGUCGAUCAUCGAGGCCAUUCUCAUCCAAUCGAGAGGCGUCCCACCGGUGUGGCCCUGCGAUUGUUGUAGGAACAAUCACUUCCCGCGCAUGUUCCCCACGUGCCUCCAUGUGCCUCAUCCCCUGAUAUUCCAGGGCAUCUGCGGCAACUGCAAGGCUUCGGGUCGGGCGUCGAAGAAUUGCGAUGCCAUGAGCUAUUUCUUUGAGAUGGAAGAAAGCCAAGUACACUUGGUUCAGACGUUGAAAAGCCUGGCGGACGAUAGCGAUGCUUCCUAAGUUCCAAACAGCCUUCCGAACGGUCUCCCAAAUGGUGCUUCCUAAUCGGACCGCUAGCUUCUGAAUGAUGCGUUUUCGACGUUUCUUGCAGAGUCCUUAAUCGUUUAUAAA